ACCAGGAUUUAUCACUCCGAGCUGUUUUCUAGCGCCAAAUGUAGUUGUAGGAAAUCCUACAACCACACAAAUAUGAAGAUCCUUUGAUAAUCAAUCGAUCUCGAAGUAAAUCAUUUCUUUAUUUAUCAAAAUCAUAAUAAUGAAUUACAAGAUAAUAUAGAUUUUAAGUUUUCUCUCCCUCUCUACUAUCUUUCUCUCUCUUAAUUUCUUGACCAAGGAUCCUAAAAGAACUCUCCGUCUCACAAGACCAAUCUACCCUUUAUAUAGAGUAUUACAUAGUGGAUGACAACUAAGAUAUCCCUUAUUUCGGAAUGACCGUGCACUAUUAUCCACACUUAUACCUUCCUAUAUCGCAGAUCUUCCAUACUUCGCACAGAUCCUCACAUUUUACUCGUGAUUAUGUUGAUUUUAUCUGAUACGUCAUCUUGACUUAAUUGAGCGCGAUCAUAUUCGCUCUCGUUAUAUCUUCUUUUCUUCGCAUAACUUGUAUGUGCGAUACUUUAUUCCUACACAUUUUGUUAAUUACUGGUCCAUUUACUAAAGUGGAAAAUUCGUCGACCACUUACUAUCUUGAGGUUCCAUUUUUACGUAAACCAAUUAAAAGAACAUAAGAAACAAGAAAAAUAAAUUUCUUGGGCUAUAUAAACUACCAUACCAUCUCCAUUCUCUUCACCGACGUAUAACAAUAACUCAUCAGUCCAUCUCGGUAUAUUGAUUACUAGGGUUUUUUUUUCAUAAGAAGCAACAAAGAGAGUAAUGGCUCAAAUUCAUAAGCUUGAAGGUGAACUUGUAGCCAAGUGUCAUGUUGCUAAGUUAUACAACAUGAUGACUAGAGGUGCACCUAGUCUUCCACAAUAUCUUCCUCAUAUAAUCCACAAGUACCAAGUUCUCCCCGAAUAUGGUGAAAUUCGUUUGGGUAGUAUAUUUGUCUGGGACUACAUAAUAGAGGGAAAUUCUUCUACUGUCACGACGAAAGAAAAGGUAACAGCGGUGGACCAUAAAAAUAUGUCAAUAACUUACACAGUCUUUGAAGGAGAUCUUACAAUUGGUUACCCAAGUUUCGCUAUCACAUUUCAUAUUACUCCAAACCUGGAGGGAGGGAGUAAUAAAGGCACGGUGAAAUGGUCAAUCGAGUAUGAGAAAGAGAAUGAGCAUGUUCCUACGCCAACUCCCUUCAUGGAGUUUUUGGAAGCAUUUUUCAAAGAGUUGGAUGUUAAGUUGCUAGAGGAAUCCUAGAAAGGAAUGAUCACUAGCUUUCCAAGAAUAUCGAAUUAUGCAUCAUGAGCAAGCAGUUACCCAAAUGCAAUGCUAAUUCUAUACUAAACCCGUGUGUGUUUGUAUUUGAUGUCUAAAUAUAUUAGACGUUGGAAUAAAGUUAAAAUGUGGAUUUACUACAUACUUAUAUGUAAUGUAAUCUAAUUAUAAGUAACUAUAUGCUCCCAAGUUUUUUUUUUUGCUCGAUUAAACAAA